AUGGAGACGGCCGCAGUCGAGGACACGAUGGUCUUCGAGCCCAAGGACUACGAAGAACAGUUUGAUGGAGAGGCCUACCUGGAACAUUUCUACUCCAAGUAAGCGCCUUUUCGAUUCUCUUUUGCAGCAACAUUGCCAUCUACAAACCUUGCUGUUUAGAGAGGCCAUAAAAGACGGUACCCGUUUGUGUCUGUUUGCCCUCCCCACCUUUGCUGCCCUCCUUCGUAAGGCCUGUCCUCCAGAAGAACGUCUAAGACUUCUGGAUGUAGGUGCUGGGCCUACUGUUUACUCGGCUGUGUGCUUUCGAAAUGUUGUUGAUCAGAUCUUCCUGUCUGAUUUUCUGCAACAAAAUCUCAACCAUCUCGAUGACUGGGUUAAGGAAAAACGGGCGUUUGAUUGGAGACCGGUAAUCAAAACCAUCGCGAGGCAAUUGAACUUUCUUUAUAUUAUAUUAUCUACAGUAUAUUAAUCUUAUUGCUAAUUCUGUAAAAUUUAGAUGCGAAGGUCAAGAGACAUAUCCAGAUCCUUGUGAAGUCAUGGAACGGGAAGCCAGGAGUGCCGUUCUGAAGGGCGGAGUGAUCAGAAGUAAUGUGCAUGACAAGGACGUUCUCCUCGAUCUGCCCGAGAAGCUGGAGCCCUUCGAUGCCAUUGUUUCCGUCUUCUGUCUCGAGUCUGCUUGUACUGAACAGGAAGAAUACGUAAAUGCUUUCGCUAAUAUUGUAAGUUCUCGCUGCUUUUUUGAUGUUUACUUUUAAACGCCUCAAGAAAAGUACGCAAUUCUGUGCACAAAAUCUUUGAAUUUACCGAAAUUUAACUCUUCUUGCAAGAGGUUUGACCGCCUCAGAUCCCAGCAUUUUUUUAUCUGUAAACAAAAGGUAUCAAUGUCAGCUUUGUUCUCUCGCAACAAAGUCAAAAGUCAAAGUCAAAAGUUUCGGGGGAUUAAAGGUGCCAAUUGGUUUGAUUAUCUUCCGGGAUGACGUAAUACCCGGAGGCGGAUUGCAACCAGAGAUCUCGAAGGACCUCCAAUUAAUAUAAUUUAUAGAGAUCCGUUCAAAGAAAAGCCGGUUUCCAAAUGUUGUUUGCAUUUAAUGCAUUGAUGACAUAUGUUUUCUGUCAUUUCACUGAAUACUCCAAAUGAUACAAUAAAAAAUUUUUUAAGCUACUUUGAUUUUCAGGUAUCUCUCCUCCGACCAGGCGGAUAUCUGAUCAUUGGAUCCGUGAUCGACGACGAUUGUUAUACGUCUGGGAUCAAUGCUGAUGGCCGCGCAACCUUCUUCACUUUACUUCCGUUGACUGAGGAACAAGUACUGAGUUCCUUCGCCAAGAAUAAGUUGGAUAUUGUGCAUUGUUUGAGCUUACCGAACGAAGGAGUUUGCUUUUUGAUGGGCCGAAAGCGAAUUGAAUGA